GCCCAGUCUCAAGCGCUCUUCCUGGUUUAAUAUACUGUCAAGACGACCGCCUUCAACAAGAUAAUUGUAAAGUAGCUAUAAAGUUUUAAAACAGAAAGAUGACGGAGGCAUGAGUGGUAUUCCUGUACAUAAGACAAACCCAACGCAUUUUGUUACCAAUUGAAACUAAAUCGCAAAUGAAUGAGAAGUUUAAUGCAGACAACUGUCAGAAAGCCAAAACAGGUCGACUUCAUCUCGCUAGCUUACGUUAGCUAGUCUGCUAACGCUAGUUAACCAUAUUUUAAGACAUCGAAACGAAGACACCGCCAGAACAGCUAGUAGCAGGUGCGGGAGCUAGCUAGUUGCAAAACUAGCCAGCGCACUUGCCUGGGUAUUGAAAACGAUUUCUUAGCACUGGUGUUACUCCUAGGACAACCAUGGAAGACAAGGACAAAGUACAGAUGAGGAAUCACCCACGCAGGCAGCUGAAGAAGCUGAGUGAAGACAGCCUGACCAAGCAGCCAGAAGAAGUGUUUGAUGUCCUGGAGAAGCUUGGUGAAGGGUCCUAUGGCAGUGUGUUCAAGGCCCACUAUAAGGAGACAGGGGAGAUUGUGGCCAUCAAGCAGGUUCCUGUAGAGUCAGACCUGCAGGAGAUCAUCAAGGAGAUCUCCAUCAUGCAGCAAUGUAACAGUCCCCAUGUGGUCAGGUACUAUGGAAGCUACUUCAAGAACAGCGACCUUUGGAUCGUCAUGGAAUUCUGUGGUGCCGGCUCGGUCUCAGACAUCAUACGGCUACGUAACAAAACGUUAACAGAGGAUGAGAUAGCAGCGAUCUUCCAGUCUACGCUGAAGGGACUAGAGUACCUCCACUUCAUGAGGAAGAUCCACAGAGACAUCAAGGCUGGCAACAUCCUGCUCAACGCCGAGGGGCAGGCCAAGCUGGCUGACUUUGGCGUGGCAGGACAGCUCACUGACACCAUGGCCAAGCGUAACACGGUGAUCGGCACACCCUUCUGGAUGGCCCCUGAGGUGAUCCAGGAGAUCGGCUACAACUGCGUGGCAGACAUCUGGUCCCUGGGGAUCACCGCCAUCGAGAUGGCCGAGGGCAAGCCCCCCUAUGCAGAUAUCCACCCCAUGAGGGCUAUCUUCAUGAUCCCCACCAACCCCCCGCCCACCUUCAGAAACCCAGACUCCUGGUCAGAACCCUUCAGAGACUUUGUCACUCAGUGUCUGGUGAAGAACCCGGAGAACCGGGCCACAGCCACCCAGCUGUUACAGCACCCGUUCAUCAAAGCCUCCAAGUCCAGCAGCAUCCUGCGAGCGCUGAUCACAGACGCCAUGGAGAUCAAGCUGAAGAAGCAGGAGGCCGAGGAGAGGGAGCAGGACGCCGAGGACGACGACAACUCUGAUGAGGACGAUGUGGACCAGGGCACGAUGGUGCGGGCAGGGACAGGGACGGGGGUGGACACCAUCAAGGCGGCGGGGGGCUCGCUGGCCAGCUCCCUGGGAGGCACGGCACGGACCAUGAUCGAGCACGGGGACACGGGCACCAUGGUGGACACCCAGCUGGGCACCAUGGUCAUCAACUCUGACGAGGAGGACGAGGUGGAGGGUGGCACCAUGAAGAGACGGGAUCACGACACGAUGCAGCCGUCCAAGCCCUCCUUCCUGGAGUACUUUGAGCAGAAGGAGAAGGAGGCCAACAGCCACCAGCAGGCAGGAGAGCAGGGCCACAACGCAGACAACCGCAAGCUACCAGCAGAGGGCGACCUGGAAGUGAUGCGUUCGUGGAGUGUGGAGGACCUGCGUGUGCGCCUGGCCUCCCUGGACCCCCAGAUGGAGCAGGAGAUCGAGGAGAUCCGCCAACGCUACCAGGCCAAGAGGAGACCCAUCCUGGACGCCAUCGAGGCCAAGAAGCGACGCCAGCAGAACUUCUAACCCACACACCCAAACACCCCGGCACAGGCACUGUUGGAUUGCACUGGACUCAACUGGGUCUGGUCUGAACUAGACUGGAGAUGAGACUAGACCAGACUCUGUAGGAUCUUGGUCACCUGACACUGGGCAGGUGGAACACAUUGCAUGGAUCGCUCGAUUCCACUAUGGCUCCCGUCCUCUUGGGCCAGUUACUUCCCUCGAACCCAACCGCUUAACUCUCCCAAACAUGCAUGUUCCUGCAUUAAGUUAUUCAGAUGACCGUUUGAGGGCACGUCAGACCUCUUUAAAGUAUUCUUCCUCUUCAACGACGUGGUUGCACAUUCUUAGUUUGCCUUCCUCUAUUGGUACGCAUUGAUCAAUGUGUUUUGCUUUAUGUCCGUCCAUGUAACACCGCAUCAUAACUUGCCUGGCUUUCAUGGAUUCAGUUUAAGCUGAAUUACCUACCAGAGAAAAAAAAACGGUUUAAGGGAAACAUUGACCUAAUUUACUGUACCUUUUUGUGCCUCAUAUAAUCUGUUCAUUUGUUGUUUCUCAUCAUUUGGUACUUAUUCAGCGAUACUUUUCAAAAAACAUUUGAUUUGUUACUCAUCUUGGUCACGGCUGCCUCCAGCCAAACUACCGGAACACGGAGGAGGAGAGCAGGAACUCAGACACAAGCAGCAACCGGAGAGACCACAGCAUGUAACUCAGACACAAGCAGCAACCGUAGAGACCACAGCAUGUAACUCAGACACAAGCAGCAACCGUAGAGACCACAGCAUGUAACUCAGACACAAGCAGCAACCGUAGAGACCACAGCAUGUAACUCAGACACAAGCAGCAACCGUAGAGACCACAGCAUGUAACUCAGACACAAGCAUUUUUUUAUAUCGUUCAAACUUUUGGUAUUCAUCCAGUUAUUCCAUGCAUAGAUGGACUAUAGUUAUGAUGUUUUUCUAUCUCGGAUAGUAGUUACAGACAGACCAGUAGGAGGAGCAUCAGGGAAAGUUUGUGCUUUUUUUGGUUUGAUGUACAGAAAUAUACAUAUAAGUGCAAACUAGGGUUACACUCAAUUCUGUUUGGCCCUGUUGCUAAUCUUCAGACACUCAAAUUCUGUCCGCAAACCGCUGACAGUAACUCUGUGAAUGAAAUGGUUGUGGAUAGAGUUAAUGUGAUGUCUAGUUGAGGGUUUGUUUGGCGUUCGUCAAGAGUGUUCACAUUCUAAAGACCCUCUAUAGACGUCUAUAGAUUCUCUAUCAACUGUCUACUUGGCCUGUACAAUCUAUAGACUCUUUAGACCAUCUACAGACUUCCCUCUCGAACCUGUAAACCCUCUAUAGACAGUUUAUAGACCCUCUAUAGAUUUCCUAUAGAGUCAUGUGGAGCCACUCCAGACAGUGUUAUACAAACUAGCCUCUCAGGGCUCGUGUCUCAGGUGUGUAUAGUGAUAACUCAACUAGACUUAUUACCCAUGAUCCUCUGCUCCCCAGCCUACAUUUGACAAGCACAAUUCACUUCUCUGGAAAAAGGUUACUGAAAAAGGGGAAAUAUUUGUACUGCCUUAUCUUGUCCAUAUCCAGCUUUACUCUGUGCUUGCCUCAUUGAAAUAGUGGCUCCUCCAGAUUGUAUCGUGGUUUUGUUAUGAGUUGAAGCAAUUGAGUUAUUUUGUAUAAAUCCUCUUAAGGUUUAACAUAUGGUUUGACAUUCUGUAUAUGUACAGUAAUUGAUCCAUUUCUGAUUUGAUUUGGGUUGUAGUUGUUGUGUCCAGGUUAUAUUAUGUGGGAUGGGCUAGUUCAUCCUAUCCAAGCCCACUGAAGUAGCUAUCACUGGAAAGAAGAUUUCAGCACUGCAAUGUGAAUGAAUGAAGAACUGGUAUUAGCUGCCCAUUUUUUCAUUCCUUGGACAAAAAAAUGAACUGAAAUGUACUUACAAUCCAUGCCUUAAAUUAUGCAACAGAGGUCCUGAAUUUGUUUUGAUAUCAGAGUUGAGAUCUCUCUGAUUUCAGUUUAAAGGAGAUGGGAUGAACACGUUCACCUCCUGAAAACCUGAACUGAAAUCGAAUUGUCUCAAUCCCUGGGUCAAAUCACGGUUUGAUUUGUUUGUUGUUUGCCUAUUAAUAAAAUGAAAUAAAGAUUUUAAAGGGA